UCUCCCUUCGCAGCCCCCUCGAACUCACCGGCCUCGCCGCCAAACAGCAUCUCAAAAUGCCGGGAUCCUCCCUCUGGCUGACCCCACCACCUACUCACCCCCUUCACGCAGUCAUCACCAGGCUCAUCGAGGUCACCCUCCCAGCCCAAUUCCCAGACGCGUCCCCGCGCCCACCAAGCUUCGCCCCCCACCUGACGCUCACGUCCGGCAUCGACCCAAGCAUCUACGGCGACGAGCCCCAGAAAUGGCUGGACAGCAUCCCGUUUCCGGCAGCGGCAAAGGUGGCUGUGCGGUUUGAGAGUGUCAAGUCGCAGGAUGUCUUCUUCCGAAGGUGCUACAUCAAGUGCGAGUUCGAUGGCGCGCGGGACGUGGCGGCUAUUUCCAGGGCGCGAGGUGUUGAAGGCGAGGAUGAGGUUGGGUCAAAGACGCAGACGUGGCUUGCGGAGUGGAAGGAGGCUUUUGGGCCGCAUGUCAGUCUGAUGUAUGGUGACAUGCCCAUCGAUGAGGCAAAGCUGAAGGGAAUCGAAGACGCCGUCAAGCAGGCUGGUGUUGCGCUCGGGGAUCCCUCUCACAGCAUGGGGGGUUGGGAAGGUGGAAUAGUGUGGCUGGUGUCAACCGAGAAGGGCAUUGAGGAUUGGAAGCCGAUUGCGACCAGGACCUUGUGAAGGAGAGAGUUGCACGGAUCGCAAAUCCAAUAGCCUGCUUAUUGAAUAACACCUUCAGUACCUGGUAUUACAUGAAACCCAGACGGUAAUGAUGCAUAUGAUUCAAUACCUAG